AUGGUGGGAGCAUAUCGAACGCAUCCAUCUAGCAGCCCUGUGGUUCGCAGAGAUGAUCCGUAUACUCCUCACCGCCCGGGCAGGCAUAGCACAGUCAGUCUGGCCGAUCUAUCACGUCGAGAAUUGUUCCGUCAAGAAUCUCCCACCCCUAACGUACGUGAUUCGCAGGAAACAUUAGGGAGAUCACAGCAGGUUUCGCAUAGCCAAAGGUCUGGCAACGGGCGUCGUGGUGGGGCAGGGAGUCGUCCACUUCAACGUACAGGAUCAUCUGAUGAAGAAUCUCGUCCAUCUCAACGUCAGAUGUUUGCUCCCGAGGAGUUCAUGGACGAUGAAGAGGAGGGAUAUGACGAUCCUAUCGUAGUGAGCAGUCAACGCGUCGACAGGACCCCCGCUCAGUGGACCCCCGCUUCCGUACGGAGGACUGUGCCUGUAGCCGAAGCAGAAGCAGAAGAAGCCGGACCAACGAUCUCCGUUCCCACGGAAUUAUCACCGGAUGAGGCUCAACGGGUGUUGGAUGCCUAUAUUCAAAAAGAAGCAUUGGCUGAAGAGGAGCAGCCCCGAAAACGCACGUACGACAAGUCAAAGUUCGCUGGUCUUUAUCCCGACACUUCUCACUGCGUGUGGGGUGCGCUGAAUCGCAGGUGCCGUAUGGCAUUUGCUCGAUACCUCACAAUUCCAGAAAGCCGGUUUACCCAUCUGAUUGACAUAUCUGCUGCACGGGUUGUCAAGAGAAAUACUCCUGAGUUUACGCUGGCGUGGGACCGGAUGCUCCAGUGGCGCAAGAAUUGGCUCAAAGAGUAUAAUCGCCAGGCCAAAGACAUGUGGGGCGCCAUCAUCGAGAAGCCUGAGUGUGCACAUUACCUCAGUCUUGAUGAAGUCCACCUGAGAACAGUAUAUGCCAGCCACUGGUGCUUGGAAUCCUGGUUCCAGUUGAUGGUCGGGAGCACUUCUGCAUUUGUUGAUUGGAGGUCUACGUUGCUUCAGCCCGAGGCUGAAAAUUUCUACAAGACGGUUUUUGUAUACACAAUGGUCUAUACUCAUAUGUUGAAGUUGAAUAAGCUGGACCGUGAAGCGUGCAACCAACGUAUACUGCUGGUGGCAAGCAACGAAGCCUUCAGUACAUUUCACGAGGGUUUAAUUGUAACGGUCCCAGAAAAACCUGUUCACAAGACCAGACUUGCCCAAAAGAAGAAACCGACGAACUUGGCUGAGCUGGACCCGCUAUUUGUUCCGUUUGGCGCCGCUCCUGCUGCUGCCCCUGCUGCCCCUGCUGCCCCCGCGGCAACUGUCCCUAUCGACCCUACACUCACCUCCGUAGCUGUCCUCCCCGCCGCUACCCAUCCCUCCGCAUUCGCCACACCUUCAUCAGGGGUGGUGCCCGUUGUCGAUGCCUCCGGCCCCUCAUCUGCCACGACCAUUUCAAUGACAGCUUUGUUGACAGGCACCGACGCCAUCGGGAACCUCUAG